CAAGUGUAAGUCAAAGACUAAACAAAUAUCAAUUGUAAUGUUUACAAUAUACAAUUAAAAAUAAUCUAAAUAAUUUUAGACUAUUUAUAACAAUGAAGUUGGAGUGAAUUAAAUGAGUAUAAUGUAUGAAAUGUAUUGAUAAAUUUACUGAUUUAAAAGUAUCAAGAAAAAUGACACCUAGACGCAAGACGACGAGUUCAGAAUCAACGUCAUCCAGCAGCUCUGGAUCAUCAUCAAGCAGCUCGUCGAGCUCUGGUAGUGAAUCGAGUUCAUCAGACUCGGAAAAUUCCAGCAGCUCAGCGCGUAGCCAAAAAGUAUCUGAUUCGGAGAAUAAAAAUAAGAAAAAGCCAGCACCAGCUGCUGGGUCUGGUUCCAGCAACAGCAGACAUGUUAAAGGCAAGACUGAAGCAGCCUCGACGGAUAAUAAGAGCAAGGACAAGGAUAAGACUCCCCAGAAAUCAUCAGCUCGUGCUAUUUAUUCAUCAGAAUCCGAGGAGUCGCCAGCUAAGUCAAAAGCUCCGGUGAAGAGAAAGCCACCUGCGAAGCCUAAAGCUACUGCUACUGUUGCUCCGGUUAUAAAAGCUCAGAAGCAGCUGGCUAAAACAGUACAAAGUAAAAAUUCUGCUCUAGCUGCUAAGUUACUCAGUUGCAAGCAAAAAGCAGCUGCUAGUAGUAGUGGGAGUAAUAAUCCUGGCUCGGGUAAGGCUAAUGAUAAAGGUAAUAAGAGUGGUGAUACUGGUCAGAAGAAGGACAAGAAGAAAAGUAUAUUCAGUCCGGAAAAUAGCAGUGAGAGUGACAGUCCUCCUGCUAAGACCAAUGUUAAGGCUGGUAAUAGUGUCGCUAGGUCCAAACCACCACCUAAGACUAAGGUUAAUACGGAAAGUAAACCAAGACCGCCUGUUAAUAGACCUAAUUUAGUAGCAAGACACCAGCCAAAGUCAGAAAGUUCAGCAAGUUCAAAAAGUUCUGGUGGGUCUGGUAAUUCCGAGUCUUCUGGCUCAUCUGGAAGUUCUUCAGAUUCAGAUUCAUCUGACAGCGCUCCAAGCCCAGCACCUCCUGUUAAAAAGAAAGAAUCGCAUUCAUCGAGCUCAGCAACAAACACAAGCAUUGCUUCCAAGCGACCGUCAGCAGUUAUUGCUGCUGUGAAACCUCAAAAGACAUCAAAGCGACCUGUAAUAAAAAGUGAAGAAGAUGCUUCAGAUAGUGAAAAGGACGAUGAUGAGCCUGCUGGGCGAACUUCAUCAACUACUUCACCUAAAGGAAAGAAAAAAGUUCAGCAGCGGAAAGGCAGCAAAUUAUUUCAAUCGCAAAUUAAAAUAAAUAGCGAUUCGGAUUCUGAUGGCGGUGUUGAAAUAAAGAGAAGCCUCAGUAAAUCUCCAGUAAAACGGGCACCUGCAAGACAAUCUUCAACAUUAUCAAGGGUAAACCAAGGAUCUGCAAGCGGAGGUAGUAGUACAAGUGGACGAGGUGGUUCAAAUUCAGUAUCACGAUCUCGUAGUGUCAAGGAACGUGAGUGUCCUUUAGCGGCGUCAUGUGACUCCAAAGGACAUCUUUCUGGGAAAUUUGACACUCAUUUUACACUAGAAGCUUGUCCUUUGUAUCACAACACCACACCGCAAGCUUGCGUAGAAUUUCAUAAAGAGCGGAAAAAACGAGAAGAAGAGCGUAAAAAAGCGCUAGUAAAUAUUGGAAAAAAAUCACCUAAAGGCGUUCAUCAGACAACUGAGCAUCGUAAUUACCAGCUUAAAAUUAAAGAAUUACGCAGCAAAUGGAAACGUCCGACUGAUAUUGUUUCCAAUGAUGGUGACAAAGUUGGUGGCCGAUUAAGUAUCGAGAAAGAUCGCGAGCCACGGUUAACUGGGCUAACUUCUGACUAUGAUUUGAAACUUUUCAUGGAGGCGCAAGCUCUUGCGAGUGAAAAAAUUGAAAAAGAACUCAAGGACUUAGACUACGAUGUGGAAGGAAAAAGUAAUGGUGGUACUAAGUGUGUGGAAAUGGGAAAAUGGGAAAUGGAAGUUUGGUAUCAAAGUCCGUAUCCUGAAGAAUUUACACGAGCACCAAAGCUUUAUUUGUGUGAAUAUUGUUUGCGUUACGCUAAAAGUAAACAAGUGUUGAGGAGACACAGAGAAAAAUGUGUGUGGAGACAUCCACCGGGACAUGAAGUUUACAGAAAAGACAAAAUAGGAGUUUGGGAAGUGGACGGCAAGCGCUACAAACAAUAUUGUCAAAAUCUGUGUCUACUCGCAAAGUUUUUUCUGGACCAUAAAACCCUCUACUAUGACGUCGAGCCGUUUUUAUUUUAUGUAAUGACAAUCAACGACUCAGAGGGCUGUCACACUGUUGGAUACUUCAGCAAAGAAAAAAAUUCAUUUUUAAAUUACAACGUCUCAUGUAUCUUGACCUUACCACCGUACCAACGUCAGGGCUAUGGGAGACUUUUAAUCGAUUUUAGUUAUCUUCUAACGCGAGUAGAGAAGAAAAUAGGCUCACCGGAAAAACCAUUGUCUGAUCUAGGUCUCAUUUCCUAUCGAAGUUACUGGAAGGACGUAUUAUUGCAGUAUCUUUGUCAUUUUGGAGGCAAGGAAUUAUCUGUAAAAGACAUUAGCAAGGAGAUGGCUAUCGAAACUUACGAUAUCGUCAGUACAUUACAAGCUCUGGGAAUGAUGAAGUACUGGAAGGGUAAACACAUCAUUCUAAAGAAACAGGACGUGAUUGACGACUACAAAGAACGUGUCAAACGCCGCGGGCCAGUCUACAAAGAAAUAGAUCCUGAAUGUCUCAAAUGGAACCCGUUCCAGCCACCAAAGACGUCGUCGACCUCAAAUUGAAUUAGAAAAUUUUUAAAAUAAGUAAAAAUAAUUUUUUUAACAAAUUUUUUGCAUGAAAAUUAUUUUAUUUUAAACUUAAAAAAUAAAUAUGUGCCUUAACGAGUUUCUUCAAGAAGAAAUAGUUAAGACGUAAUUGUAAAUAAAAGUAUAGUAUAAAUAAUAAUAAUAAGUGUAAUAAAUAAUAGAUCUAUUAUUGUUGAAUUUUAAAAAAAAAUGUACAAAAUAUUUAACAUUAUUUUUAUUAACAUUUCUAAUGUUAUAAAAUUCCUUAUGUGACGUGUAAUAUAUAUUAAUAAUUAAUAAUAAUUAUUAAAAUUAAAUAAAAAAAAUUUUUUAUAUGAAUAAUUAUUAAAUAACACGUAUGGUUAGUUUUAAAAACCGUUGAAGCAAUCUAGUAGAUAAUAAAAAUAUAUAUAUGAGAAUAAAUGAAUAUCAUUAAGAAAAAUUAUUAUUACACACGUGUACCAGACGGUGUUUUAUUAUACGCGUAGAGUGCCCUCAUAGUAAUUGCAUUAGGAAGUAACAACCCUCUUUACUCUUUACUUGUAUUUUUUUAUUCUACUUGUAAUACUGUCUAAUGUCUAGUCAGUGACCACUACUAGAUGUAUAUAUUACAUAUGUGUAAAAGACCCUCCAUAACGUUAUUAUUCCAUUAAGUACUUAUGAAUUAACAUACUAGAUAUGUGUACUAAUGUGUCUUCAUGAUUCUUUGGCAAUUAUAUAUUAUGUUUGCAAGUGUUUUAGGUUUUAAAGAAAAAUUUUUGCGACACUAAAAUAGUACUUGGAACAUUUAUUAUGUUUAUAAAAAUUGAUUAAUAUUGUUUUUUUACAGUAAAAUUGUGUUAUAAUUAAAAGACUAAUAUGUAGUAUUUGUCAAAAACUUUAUUUUGUUUCUAAUAUUGUUGGUUAAGCUAGUGCUUCUAUUGCGCAUGCGCGGCAUCAGUUCCUGCUGUUCCAGCAGGAACAACAUUUCAUACAGUUUUAUAUUUUGUUGAAAAAUUAAUCUCUGACUAAUUUUUUCAUAAGGAACAAGAAAAUAA